CCGCUGCCGCUGCUCUUUGCAUAUACCCACCCGCUUCCCUGCACCAUGCUGCGACUUACUGUCCUAGCAGCCUUCAUGGCGGGUUGCAGCUCGUUCCUAGUCCCACCUGUGUUGCUGCGGCCGCCGAUCAUGGAAACCAGCAAAGGAGCACUUCACAUGACGCAGAACAACGACGACAUGGCCGACUCGGACUACUCUGGGUUGUCUGAUGGACCCGUUGACAGGCGCACCCUCCUCACGGCAAUUCCCGCGACUGUUGUAGCAGGGGUUCUUGGCUUUGCAGUGGCGGGUUCGGCACCAGAGAAGGCACUGGCAAGAGCUACGCCGAAGGCCGCGCCGGCCGGGACGAACGUUGUGGUUCUCGGCGGCAACGGUUUCGUUGGAAGCAAAGUGUGCGAACUUCUGGUCGAGGCUGGAGCAACCGUCACAAGCGUGAGCCGUAGUGGCUCCAAGCCCGACAAGUGGGCAGCAGGGCAGAGCUGGGUGGACAAAGUGUCGUGGACGAAGGGAGACCCGACAGCCGGGGACCUAUCUGCCGUCUUCGGCAAGGCGGCGGCAGUGAUAUCGUGCGUAGGGGUAAUCGGGGGGAGCGACGAAGAGAUGGAAAAGGGAAACGGAGAUGUCAACGUCCAAGCUGCAAAGCAGGCAGCGAGCGGGAAAGCCGGGCGCUUUGUGUACGUGUCUGUAUCGCACCUGGUGCCGGAGGCUUUCGGGGGGGCUGCUUUCAAAGGGUACUUCGAUGGUAAGAGCCGCGCGGAGGAGGCCAUCGCCAAAUCCUUCCCGUCUACCGGAGUUCUGAUCAAGCCAACCUUCAUCUACGGCGGAGACUCGUUCGGCCUAACCCCCCCUAGGGUUUCGGACGGCUACGGGUCAGGGAUAGACGCCCUCCUUUCCUCUGGCCCCAUUCGAGCUAUCGCCGGCAUCUCCCCGGGCCUCAUCAAGGUUGCGCUUUCGCCACCGGUAUCGAGGGACAACGUCGCGCUAGCAUGCGUUGCGGGGGCGUUGGGGCGGCUACAAGGGACGAAGUUCGACGGAGCGGACGAGAUCAACGCAGCGGCAUCGAAGGCGUGA